GCAAGUCAAAAUCAAUUGAGGCUGAACUGUGCACCUUCAGGAUUUAAAUGAACAAAUAUCUGUGACAUAAAGCUAGCCCACAAAAGAGAAUACCAAAAGACAACUUACAGUAAUGAAUUGUCACUCAACUAUGGACGUACAGACAGAAUACUAGAGGCAAACAGAGAAAAAUAGUGCACCAUGGAACAUGUCAAUUUUAUUACGACCUUGCUGACCUAAAGUUUUAGUACUCAAAUAUGGCGAUCUAGUCAGCAGUGGGAUAACCCUGUAUUACCUCUGAAGCAAGAGAAAGAAAUGGCAGGUUCUAUUGUGGACUCUGGUUAGGAAAAGCGAUCAGUAUAGGCAGCAGCAAUGCUGGCAUUAUGUCCGCAAAGGAGAGAAAAGCUGGUACCAGAGAAUUGGGGAUGGCUAGGAGUCCAAGUCAGAGAGAGAAUCAGCUAGCAGAUUUGGUAACAGCCAGCUCGGAUUAGGGAAGUUCUAAUCAUUCUGGUUGCAUUAGGAUGAUUAGAAUUCUAGUUGCAUUAGGUAAAGGGCAAGGGCAAGAUUGGAGAUUGCUUGAGAUGGCUCCGCUCCCACCUAGCUCCGCUCCCACCCUCUAGCCCCUCCAAGCCCCCGCUGCCUGCCGCCGACGCCCCCGCCGGCCGCCCGCCUCCCCCGCCCCCCUGCCAUGGAAUCACCUGGCACUGCCCCUGUUGACCGCCGGGCGACCCUCUCCGGCGAGCGCGUGUCCUCCGGUGACCGCUGGCUCAGCUCGGAGAGCGAGUCCUCGGCGCGCUCGUACAGGGACGUCGCCCUCACCCCGCCGGCGCCUACUACGUCGCCGGUACCUGAGGCCCCUGGCCGCGUCGCGCUAGUUGCCCGCGUGCCUGCCAGGCAACGGCUUGGACCCCGCUCGGAAGUCCACCGCGUCUCUGGCGGGGCUGUGCUCGACGCUGAUGGGUUCCAGCAGCCGCGACGCAGGAACCGACACCGCCGUCCGCGCCAGGACGGCACCCCCAGCUCCUCACCUCCCCGCCGCCGCAGCCCAUCGCCGGAGGAGGUUGCCGGGCUGUGUUUUCGCUGCCUCGACCACCGCCACCGGGUGAGGGACUGCACCAACGACGUCCGGUGCAGGCGCUGCCUCGCCUCUGGCCACGAAUCCCGCGACUGUGACAGCCGACGCCACGGCGACGCGCGGCCUCCCCGUGUCGCCCCAGGCAGGGACGGCCCGCCACCGGCGCCCACAGCGCGCCGCCGCACUCCCAGCCCCCCGGCGCCGCCUGCGCUUCCCCAGCUGGUCCAGGCUCCCCCGCCGCGGCCCGACAUACCCGUGCGUGUCAUCAUGGUGCAAUCCACGGAGAUGGAGGAGGCCGAGCGGGUCCUUGGCCGCGCAAUGGUGGCUUCCAUCACCGGCAACAGGCCGCAGGUGACCACGACCGAGGUGGCCGAGCUGCUCUACCGCUCCCUCGAGCUCUCCGAAGGCGAUUUCACCGUCCACGAGCAUCACCCCGAAGACUUCCUCAUCCUCUUCUCCUCCCUGGACACCAUGCGCCAGCUCAAUGGCAAGCAUUUCAUCAGCUCGCCACGCUUCGCGCUGUCGCUUCGGCCAUGGUGCAAGCUCGCGCAUGCCGGCGCCGGCGUGUUCGAAUACCGCGUCGAGCUCGAGCUCCGUGACAUUCCCGCCCAAGCCUGGCAUCUUUCCACCGCCGAGCACGUUCUUGGGGAGAGCUGCUGGAUCGAGAGGUUACACCCCCGCACGCGCUCUCGCGAGAACCUGGCCAUCUUUCGGCUUUCCGGCCGUGUGCACAACCCCGCCGACGUCCGCCGUGCCGCCAUUCUGGAGAUCGUCGAGCUCCUGCCGUCUCGUGUGCCCUCGGAGGCGCCGGUGGUCAGGACACUCACGUACCCCAUCUCCAUUGCGCUCGUACGUGCGGCUCCGCUUGGGGCGCCCACUCCCGGUGCCCAGGCCAACAACGACGACCCCGGCCGCGAUGGCGCCGGUAAUGGGCAUGGCCAGGGCCAGGGCUCCGGACCUGGUCGGGCGUGACGCCGUGGCCGGAAGCGUAGGCGGUCUAACACUGCGCCGGACGGCCGGGCCGACGGCAUGGCCAUGGACGCGUUCACCUGGCACGCCGGCGACCGCUCAGGGCGAGCCGACGGGACGAGCAUGGCGACCUCCUGGCCUCGGCCGGCCAGCGGCGGCGGCGGUGCCACCCGCCUUGCUGACGCGGGAUGGCAUGUUGUCAUGGCUGGGUCAGUCGGGCCCUGCUAAUUCUCGUCACCGAGCCAAAAGAGGAAAAGGAGGAAAAAGAAGGGCCCCGCAAGGGCAGGCUUUGGAGGCAGGCCUGACGCACGCGUCUGUCGAGCCCGCUGACGACGCCACGACAGUUGUGUCGAGGCCAGCUGGCGAACUCCCACUGGUCGCGGGUGCGCAGGAGAGCCCCGGAAUUUCAAACACCGGCUCUCCCCAUGAUCACGAGGACGAUCCCGCCGGCCCACCCCUGCCGCUGCUGAUCCGACGCCGUGUCGGGACCUUGCCCUUUUGAGCCAGGUCCCAGACUCGCAGCCUGUGGCGCCAGUUGGCUCAGGAGAGCCAGGAUCGCCUGCCGCCUUGUCGGGGCAAAGUGGCAUCUCACCCGCUCCUGCCGCCCGGGCGGGCCCAGUAAUCUCCGCUGAACAGUCACCGCAGCCCCACGAUCACACCACGGCGAUUUCGGCGGGAAGAGACGCCCUCGUUGCCGCCUCCAUUGCCAUCGUGCCGGCGCCCGCGCCCCCCUCUGAAGUUGCCCCCCCCUCCUCCCACAACUGUCGAUGGGCCAAAUGAGGCUGGGCCGCCAACAGCCGAGACCGCAACUCCUGCGCCGACGCCCCCAGUGGCCGCUGUUGGGCCCCCAGUCACCAGAUCACCGAUGCCCACUGCCCAGAGCCCAAUCUCCAUCCUACAGCGGCCUCAUGGCCACUCUGUGCUCGCGCCCACCCCUGAUCGCCGCCCGCCUGUCGCCGGCCCCCGUUCGCCUGCGUCUGGUCGGUUUGCCUCGCCACCAAUCACUAUGCGGCGAUCGCGCUGCCAUGCUACUUCGCAGCAGGCAUGGACGCUUGGCGAGUUUCUGGCCGCGGCCAUGAAGCACAUCAGUGCAUCGCUGCCGACACCUGGGAAGCGGCCACGUCGGCCCCUCAACUUCGCCCCACGACGAGGCCGUUCCGCGGCGGCUGCUGCCACGCCUGCAGCGGCGCCACCGACGGCAGAACGGAGGGCCCAUGUGCAGAUUCUGCGCACACUUGGGAUUGUGGGCACCAACCAGAAGAUCUCGCCCAUUGAGAUGAAAGCAUACGACGACAUGUUCGCGGCGCCGAUUCCACUGUCUGUGCUCAAGGCCAUCGCUGCCCUGGUUGAUCGAGAUCCCAGCGUGCUUCUCCCCUCCUCCCACGCGCGAGGCCACUGCCGGCGACUGCUAAGUCUGCCAGCACACCCACGAAGGACUCCACACCACCAGCGCUUCGCAAGGCGCUGAAAUCCGUGGCGCUUUUGGUGCCGUGGAUGAUCUGGAAACAUAGGAACGCGUGCGUUUGUGACCAUGUGAGCCCUUCGCUCAAUGAGCUUGUCGACCGGAUCAAGGACGAGGCCCGAUGUUGGGCAAAGGCCGGGGCUCAAGGGCUCAGGGUCGUUUUGCCAUCAUCAUGGGAUGUCCACUGAUCAUCUGGCAACUGUGUAAACCUGCCUCCUAGGAGGAUGUAAAUUCCCUAUCUUUCCAAUGCAAUGAAACGCAAAGGCCAUUUGCGUUUUCUCGAAAAAAGGUCAAGGGCAAAACAUCCCAUAUAUAAGGAUGUAUUGUAUCUCAGAUUAGGAAGCAAGAACAAUCAAUCUUUCUCUCCAAUUAUUCUCUCCAAACACCUUCAAGUUAUCUUCAGCAUGGUAGUACUUACAUUCUGGAUCAAAGUUUACAGCAGGUUCUGAUACAUGAAAAUACACAUGUCAUAGCUAAAGUGCUGAAUAGAUUUCGUACUAGGGCUAGGGAGAAGCUCUCAGCCCUGGAAGCAAAGAUAGAAGAGUUAUUUUUCAAAUUCUAGCUUGCAUUAUUCCUCAUGGAGGGUCCUCUUUAGGCAGAGGCCUAACAAUCCAAUCUAAGAGGUCACAGAUCUUAUCCCUAAUUGGCUUUCGCAAGCUAAAGGAUAUCUUCUUCUUCUUUAUUUAAAGGAUAGACUAUCUAAGAUAGCGGUUGGGAACCUCUUGCCAUAAUUGGUAGCUGCCAUGGUAGGGGCAUGUAUUCCGAUACAUAACAGCUAGGUAGCAGGGAAAUCAUGCAUAUACUUUUUCUUUAGAUCAGAAAUUCAAAAUUAUACUUUUGUGUAUCAUACAGAUUAAUAUUUCAUUACUAUUACUUUACUAGGCAUAGGUCAAACCUUUUAACACCUAAUAUUUUGACAGGUUAGUGUUGCUUCAUCAGCAAUCACUCUAGAAUUAAAAAUGUAGACGGGUAGGGCAGUGGCGUAGCUAGGGGGUGGCCUUACUUUACUAGGCAUAGGUCAAACCUUUUAACACCUAAUAUUUUGACAGGUUAGUGUUGCUUCAUCAGCAAUCACUCUAGAAUUAAAAAUGUAGACGGGUAGGGCAGUGGCGUAGCUAGGGGGUGGCCUUACUUUACUAGGCAUAGGUCAAACCUUUUAACACCUAAUAUUUUGACAGGUUAGUGUUGCUUCAUCAGCAAUCACUCUAGAAUUAAAAAUGUAGACGGGUAGGGCAGUGGCGUAGCUAGGGGGUGGCCUUACUUUACUAGGCAUAGGUCAAACCUUUUAACACCUAAUAUUUUGACAGGUUAGUGUUGCUUCAUCAGCAAUCACUCUAGAAUUAAAAAUGUAGACGGGUAGGGCAGUGGCGUAGCUAGGGGGUGGCCAGGGUGGUCCAUGGACCACCCUGGAAUUCCCCCAUAGCUUAUGUAUAGUGUAGUAAAAAACAUUUCGUUUAAAAUAAAACAAAACUUGUGUAAAUAUUUCUAUUACCGGACCACCCUGACAAAUCGGGCUGGCUACGCCACUGGGGUAGGGGUCUAAAAUUCUACUUAACUAGAUGAUACCCCUCGUGUUGCCAUGGAAUUGGAUAUAUAGUUUCUAAAUACUCUGUAGAAUACUAACUCAGUCCUUACGAUUCAAACAAUGUGAUAGAUUUCGGCAUAAACAAAAAAUAUUAACAUGAAAAGUUGUGCAUGUCACAAUUAAAUGCAAUGUGAUUUAAAACCUACUUAGAAUGCACUUAUGCAUGUUUCAUGGUAGAGGAUUCUCAUGCGUAGAUCAGACAGAUGCUAGUGGAUCAAGCUAGUAAAUCUAUCGGCCACAACAAUUUUGAUUAUGUUGAAACAUGCAAGUUGAGAUAAUUAGAAUUAAUGGGGAUCACUCUCUUAGGUAUAUACAUGAUAGGAUUAGCUAUAGAACCUUCAUAUUGACAUCUAUUCAACUACUAGAGAAAAAAAAAAGUCCGUCCCGGGGGGUAACGGUUAGGUCUUUCCCUGGGGAUUUGUUUGGCGACCCGAGGGGAGCCCGCCGUCCUGAUUCCGUGCGCCCCCCCCCCC